AUGAUCACACAGGUGCAGAUACAGGUCCUUUUUAGAACGGAAUUUAGAAAGCAGGGCAUCAGGGCCGUCGACGGCACCGGCUAUCAGAUCACGGUAAUCGGACGGAACCGACCCCAAACGACGUCGGAUUGGGAGGCGGAGCGGAACGUGGAGGCGACCGCCGACAGCCGGCAGGCGUCCUUAGGGCUCGUGAGCGAUAGGGCGUUGGCUAUGCAGUCCUCCGGAAGCGCCAACAGCCAACUCAACCUUCUUUUGAGGAUUCUGCCAACUUUAAUGCCCCUCAAACCUCCACUCAUCAAAGCACAGCAUAGGCUCAUUCACUGGCCAUCAAUUCUCCAUCCCAAGUGGUUGAAAUAA